AUGCAGCUCCGGUUGCCCCCCAGCCUGCAUUACCCCAUCACCGUGACCUCCCUGCUCAAGAAAGAGGGGGAUACGGUCGGGCGGGAUGAGGCCAUCUUUUGGUACAGCUAUCAAACCGCGGUCGAAGAAGGCGAUGGGCUGGGAAAUACUGUCGUUGUGACGCGCAAUUUCCCGACUCGUUUUGAAUCGCCCGUGGAUGGAACAGUCUUGAAAUGGAGUAUCGCAAAGGGCGAUGUGAUCGAGGAACCCACCGACAUCGUUCUCAUUGAAGAGCCCUGUGCACAUGAAGUUCAGUUCGGUGGGAUGUGCGCGGAAUGUGGAAAAGAUAUGACUGAAUCGACCUACAACACCGAGAUCUCCGAGACCUUCCGGGCUCCGAUUCAGAUGACCCAUGAUAAUACCACCUUGACCGUCAGUGCGAGAGAGGCCACCCGGGUAGAGGAGGAUGCGAAGCGUCGCCUGUUGGCUUCCCGGCGCUUGUCGCUCGUGGUCGACCUGGAUCAAACCAUCAUCCAUGCCACUGUGGAUCCAACCGUUGGGGAGUGGAUGAACGAUCAGGAUAACCCGAAUUUCGAUGCUCUCAAAGAUGUCCGAUCCUUUCAACUGGUGGACGAUACUCCCGGCGCGCGCGGAUGUUGGUACUACAUCAAACUUCGACCUGGUCUGGAAGCCUUCCUGGAGAAAGUGUCUGAGCUGUAUGAGCUCCACAUCUACACCAUGGGAACUCGAGCGUACGCUCAGAAUAUUGCCGAUCUCAUUGAUCCUACGCGCAAACUCUUUGGUGAUCGCAUCCUCAGUCGUGAUGAGAGUGGAAGCUUGACUGCCAAAAACCUGCAGCGACUCUUUCCCGUUGACACCAGCAUGGUUGUUAUCAUUGAUGACCGUGGUGACGUGUGGCGAUGGGUGGCUAAUUUGAUCAAGGUUGUGCCUUAUGACUUCUUUGUCGGAAUUGGCGACAUCAAUUCCAGCUUCCUGCCGAAACAGCAGGAAAUCACGGCCACACAUAAUCCAAAGCCACUGAAGGCCAAGGAAACCGAACCUGGGGUGCAUGGCCCUGAUGACACGGGAGAGAGGACCGGGCCAGCCGAGGAGAUCUCGGCCUUGGAGCAGCUGGUGACCAUGGGGGGUGGCGACGACCCUCGACUGCUCCAAGAGCAAACCGAUGCACAGGAAGAAACAAUUAUGCAUCAAGUCGAGGAUCGUCCUCUCCUGCAAAAGCAGAAAGAGUUGGACGCAGAUGAUAACUCCUCUAGCGAGAGCAGCAGCAUGUCUGCCAGUCCGGAUGAAAGCCCAGACAGUGCCCGUCCUCGCCACCACCUCUUGGUUGACUAUGACAGGGAGCUCUUCCACCUGCAAGAACGCCUGGAAGUGAUCCACGGUCUGUUCUUCCAAGAGUACGACAGACAACGCGUCAGCUCCCUGCGCAGCCGGGUUUCCACUCUGCGCGGCGAGAAAGCUGUACCGAAAGACAAAGACGUGGACUUGCGACUCGUACCCGAUAUCAAGCAGAUCAUGCCAGCGUUCAAGUCUGGAGUUCUGGGUGGUGUGGUGAUCGUCUUCUCCGGCGUGAUUCCGUUGGGGCAGGACCUGCAAAAUGCCGAGGUCUCGCUUUGGGCGAAGAGCUUUGGUGCAGUCAUCCAGAAAAAUAUCAACAAGCGUGUGACUCAUCUCGUUGCUGGUCGAAAUCGAACCGCCAAGGUGCGGGAAGCUACGCGCUGGCCAAACGUCAAAAUUGUCACGACGCAGUGGCUCUAUGAGUCUCUCAUCAAGUGGCAACAUCAAGACGAGGAGCCCUAUCUGCUGCCAGUUCAUCCGGAUGACCGUGGGGAUGUCUUCUCCCCGGGCACUCGUGAGAUGAUUGAUAAUACCUGGCCGUCAUCGGAGGACGACACGCUCAAUGGUACCGACGAGGAAGAACUGAUGAAAGACACAGCCACGCUUUUCGCAUCUUCGCCUUUGAGCUAUGAUCUGGACGACCAGGCUGCCGUACAUGAUGAGCUGAAGGAGUUUUUGGGCAGCGACGAUGAAAGCGAAAGCGACACGGAAGUCUGGACCGAGGACACUGCCGACGCGAGCCGGAAGCGCAAGCGUGGAGAGGGAAACGGUACGGACGAAGAGUCGGGAGAUGAUACCGGCGAAGAGGCGGAAAAUAAGGGGUCUCGUCUUUCGCAACGCAUUAAGCGAUCCUACGCGCGGAGCACGGGCCUGAAGGAGGUCGCGAUUGCCGAAGGAGAAGGUGUAGAAACCGAAGAGACUCGCUUUGAAGAAGGCUCAUUUCCCGCUCCAGAUGACGAUGAGGAUGGCACAGUGCCGGAAGAGAAUGGUGCUGGUAGCGGGGAACCUGAGGCUGAUCAAGGUCCAGCCCUGUCUGAAAUGGCCGUGGAUGAGUCCGACGUGGACGACUUUGAACGAGAGAUGAUGGCGGCGUUUGAGGAACCCGGAGAAGAGACCAACGAGCAAGUUGACGCCGAGCCAAAGGCUGCUCAAUCGGAGUAG